UUCGCACACGCCACAUUACAAGAGCCCGAACCGAGAGGCUAGGUUAUACCCAUGCAUCAGAUACCGAGGGGACAACAGUAGAUUCAGCCACGCAUCGUUGCUUUGUUAAUAUAUGUGAGCUGAGAAUCAGUUCAAUAAAAAGGAGUUUCCCGUUUGCUCCAGAGCAUUUUUUAUGAUAACUACAUCUAUAGAUUAAUUGAUUUGAUUAUUCACACCUCACAGUUCUGUAGGCGCAUUCUAAAGGCUGUCUUUGAUGUUUUCGGCAAAAACAGAGUAGUAUAUACGAAAGAAAAGUGUUCAGAAAUGCAGAUUAAGGAGCAAUCUUAUUUUUAAACGCGUACUGCACAACACUGUUAGUUCUUUACGAAGUGAGGAAUGCUAUCUGACUUCCUGCAUCAAUGUUUCACUGGGGCAAGUGGAAGAAGAGGAUGGGAGCGAACAGUUCUUCAAAAAGACCGGUCUUCGAUGAAAAGGAAGAUGUGAAUUUCGACCAUUUCCAGAUCCUGCGAGCCAUUGGGAAGGGCAGCUUCGGCAAGGUGUGCAUUGUGCAGAAGCGGGACACUGAGAAGAUGUACGCCAUGAAGUACAUGAACAAGCAGCAGUGCAUCGAGAGAGACGAGCUCCGCAACGUCUUCAGGGAGCUGGAGAUCCUGCAGGAAAUCGAACACGUUUUUUUAGUAAACCUCUGGUACUCCUUCCAGGAUGAGGAGGACAUGUUCAUGGUGGUAGACCUGUUGCUGGGCGGAGAUCUGCGCUACCAUCUCCAGCAGAACGUCCAGUUUAACGAGGAAGCUGUCAAACUCUAUAUCUGUGAGAUGACCCUGGCACUGGAUUACCUGCAGAGCCAGCACAUAAUCCACAGAGAUAUCAAACCAGACAAUAUCCUUCUGGAUGAACAAGGACACGCUCACCUCACUGACUUCAACAUCGCCACCAUAAUAAAGGACGGGGAGAGAGCCACUGCUCUGGCUGGAACUAAGCCUUAUAUGGCACCUGAGAUAUUCCAGUCCUUUGUGAGUGGGGGGACUGGGUACGCGUUUGAGGUGGACUGGUGGUCGCUAGGGGUGACGGCAUACGAGAUUCUGCGAGGAUGGAGGCCGUAUGAAAUCCAUGCCAGUAAUUCAGUGGAGUCCCUGAUGCAGCUCUUCAGCACAGUCAGUGUGCAGUAUUGCCCAGCCUGGCCAAAGGACCUGGUCUCCCUGCUGAGGAAGCUGCUUACAGUGAACCCGGAGCACCGGUUCUCCUGCCUCUCUGACAUGCAGUCCUCACCGUACCUCUCCAAUGUCAACUGGGACGCCGUGUAUGAAAAGAAGGUGGAGGCGGGCUUUGUCCCCAACAAAGGUCGUCUGCACUGCGACCCCACCUUUGAGCUGGAGGAGAUGAUCCUGGAGUCCCGCCCACUGCAUAAAAAGAAGAAGAGGCUGGCAAAGAAUCGUUCCCGGGACAAUAGCAAAGACUCCCAGUCCGAAAAUGAUUACUUACAGGAGUGCCUAGAUGUCUUGCAGCAAGAGUUCAUGAUCUUCAACAGGGAAAAAUUGAAAAAGAGACAGGAAGAGGGUGCCUCAGACGGAGGGGAGGCGGAUGGCGAGUGCGAGGGCGAGGGUGAGGCGGAGGGCAUCGGAGAGGCAGAGGGGGGCACGGAGGACGAGGCGGAACAGGAGACAUCCAACCUGAACAUGUGCGGCUCUGUCUGCUCCUCCGCCGGCAGCUGCUAGCACCAGAGUGCCCCCUGCUGAUCACGCACACCAACACCUAACCCUCUCUCUGGGUGCAAUGCACUGGCCUUGCCUAUAAAUGCUCGUAGCCUCCUGUUUGUAGCUAUGACUGGAAUCACACAGAACAGAGCACUUCCUCCUACCUUCCUCUGUAGCAGUUACCGGUAGCCUCUGGGAAACUUCAGCAGGGCACCACAAUGCCUGCUCUCCACACUAGAAUAGGAAAUCAUUUCUAUGCAACAUCAAGCAUGGGGUGAGAUACAAUCCUGGAGGAAGAACAUGCUGACCCAUGAGGGCACGAGCAUGGCAGAACAUUACAGCAGCUCCUGGUUUAUAAGUGCAGCCAGCUGUUCACUUAAAGACAGCCUGCAGCUCAUAUGCCUUACAGUACAGUAAGUCUUAUACAGUUACUACUCUUCUCUACACACUCAUGUGGGAAAUUCAGUCAGAUAGGCAAUCCAUGCCUCUCCAAUGUCAGCUGUUUCUUUGUGCUGCAGAGGUUGUUCAGUCACUCCCUUAUUAACUGGAGUGCUCUGUUUUGCAUUUCAUUAACUAAAACAGCUGCACGUCAGUUUUAGAUCCAGCCACCUGAGCUGGGACAAACAGCCUCUCCUUUAACAUGCUUCUGGUUCUGCAGCAGUUUGCCAUAUUAACUACGGAACUGGGUUUGUAGCCAGAAGGUUGCAGGUUUGAAUCUCAGAUGGGGAAGUGUUCUUGAGCAAGGUGCAUGCAGUACAAAGUACCUGUGGAUCUGAUGUUCUUUAAGAGUUUCAUUUUUCAGUGACGCUGAGGCAGGGAGUCUCUCUGCAUCACACUGCUCUCUGACUGGUGUUGUCUGCUUUCUCCUGCCACACCCAAAACUCAAAGGCAAAGAGUUUCAUUCACUUCCGUUUCAUUUGAGCCCAGACUCCUCCUCUCAACAACAUUAGAAUAGUGCACAGUUUAUAGAUGCUGCCAUUAUGAUUAAUAUUAUGCAAGCGUAGUUAAUAGCAAACCAGUUUAAAGCAUCUCAAACAGAUUUGCUCCUUACUAGGUCCUGUCAGUUGCCAGGGUGUGCUUAGCUAUUAUAUUGCACUGCGUCACUGCAAAAGCCAGUGUGGUGUGUACCUUGCAUCGUCUCUGUUACAAUUAACAUGCUGUCUUACCUGGGGGAAUGGGCUUCGUUAACCUCUAUAGAACACAUAAUUAAGAUUUUCUUUGUUUAAAAAAAACAAACAUGAAUGUGAUGAUUGUGUUUUAAACUGACGUGGCUUAGAUCACUCCCCUGGAGAUAAUGUAGGGGCUAUAUUUAGUGUAAUAUAGUUGUAUUAGAGUAUUCCUAAUGAAAAUUGCAGACAAAAACAAUCUGUAGCAGUAAAAUGAAGGUGAUGCUAGCAUUCUCAGCCUGGACAUCUGGGGACACAUCGCGUCACUCACUUAAAACCUAAAGCCUAAUAUCAUUACAUAUGUAAAUAUUAUUAACAGCAUAAUUCCUUCUCCACAGUUUUAUGUGGAAUUCAUAAUCAAGUCUGUCUAAAAAAAGUAUGAAGCCAAAUUUUCAUACAGUGUUAUUUUAAUCUUUUUUCAAGUGUGCAGGCACAACUUGUAGGCAAAUACGCCAAAGCUUUUAUACCAUUUGCAUAGCCAUUUCUAAGGAAAAAAAUGAUUGUGUGUUUCUUGUUGCACAUAAGAUCAUUGUUUAUUUCUGCAAGUGAGUAUAUUUGCAUUUUGUAAACAUGCAUUUGUUGUGAUAAUCUUGAACACAGAAUGUGUUGGAAAACAAAAGCAAAACUCAAGUGGUCUUAAAAAAGAUCAGUCUUUUGAGAUGUGUGGAGGAAAAAAGUUUGAAAACCCUGAAACUACCUGCAUCGGCAGUGAUUGGUUGAACUUCAUUUUGCAUGUGCUACUGUUUAUAGCUAUUGAGAACUGAUUUAGUUGGUUAAUAAAAAAAAACUCCCUAUCGGAGCAUGAGAGGAAGACUGCAUUGUGCACGUACAGCGUGAGUUUUGACUGUUCCAUGCUCUUUGACUUUUAGACAGGAGCUCAGCACCAGCUCUAACUGAUUAUUUCCACCCCAUAUUCAGUCACAUAGAUCCAGUAAACAAGAUUAAGAUUUCCUAUGAGGUGUAUUAAACUGUUUCCCAAUGUUGUGUCAAAUGGCAUGGUGUUUAGAUAUAAGCCAUCAUCUUGGAAUCAUGUGUUUAGACUGUUCCUUAGCAAGUGCAAGUUCCAGGACUGCUCCUCUCAAAGUAAUGGCUGAUAAUUUAGCAACUCUUGCAAAAUGUAUGACUUUCACUGCAUCAUUCUCUCAAUAUACUAACUAUAUGUUCUUUAAUAUGCAUGACUGGUCUUUGGGUAUGGAAUGAGGGUCUUGCAGUGUGAACAAGCUUUGAGAACAUCUUUUAUUCAGCACUGAAUGGUUUCUAAAGACAAUUCUUUGUCAGUGCAUUCAGUUAGGCCUGUAUGGUCACAGAAAUUCUGUAUGUAAUUUAACAAAUAGAUUUUCACAAGUGAUAAUUUUCUCAUGCAGAACCUGCAGAUGCAGCAGUCUCUGAAUUUGUAACCAUGAUGUUAGUUCCGGAGGGAUAAAAGUAAACAUUUCAGGUAAUAUUGUUCCGUCCAUCCUCUGUAUUCUGAUAAUAUUUUGAAUAUUUUUAGUAUGACCAGUGUUCUUAAGAAAUACACUUGCGAGCCCAGUUAUUCUGUAAAUACCCUCUACCUAUUCAAAGUGCUAUGUGUAUUUAAACAUACUGCUCUAACUGCUUUGAUGAGGAAAUAAACAUGUUCCUG